UGUGAGCUAUGAGAGGAUAAAGCAGUUUCAAAAAUAGAGAGGAAUGGAACAUCUUUUUAGUUUGUUGUAACUGGAGUUUAACAUGUUGGGAAAGCUGUUGGAGGGCUGAAGUCUCUUCUSUGAGCAAACUUUUGAAAAGAAGAUGGAGCUAGCUAAGACGAAUCCAAAUACCAUGGAUUUUGGAACAAACAACACAAGGAAGCAUCCCAGUCUUGUUGGGACAGGAUUUCAAAUCCCUGUGUCCCCAGCACAGAGCGCCUUUUACAUAAUUCUGGUGGCUUUAGGAUUCUUCGGUAAUGCCGUCAUGAUUGGAGUCAUCGGUAAGAGUGUAAUUAUGGGCCGAGGUGGGGGCCAGAACUCGGACAUCAUCAUAGUUAACAUGGCRCUGUCCAACCUGAUGGUGUCCGUGAUGAGAAACAUGRUGCUCAUCAUGUCAGACCUGGGAUUUGAGGUGRAUUCUGGUAAAAGGMGCUGRCAGUUCCUGAUGGGCGUCUGGGUGUGGCUGCGUUCGGUCAACGUGUGGUCCACGCUCUUCCUCAGCGUCUUCCAUCUCCACACUUUGAAGCGAGUGGCUCCCCAUGUCAGAAACCUCCAGGGGCCGAGGAGCAUGCUGAAGACCCUGCUGCUCAGUUUGAGCUUGAUCUGGAUCAUCAAUCUCUUUUACGCCAUUCCUGCUCACAUCUUUUCCACCAAUGGCAAUGAAAAUACCACAGAGACCCUGAUGCUCCUCAGCAGCACAACACACCCCCUGCUGGGAUGUGUGUGGAACUUUCCCUCCAACCACUCCGGCCUGGCCUAUGCCACCACGUCAUUGGCCAUACAUGAAAUAUUUCCAAUUGUCCUGAUGGUCYUCACCAACGUCACCUCCCUCUACACGCUCUACACCCACAGCAGGAUGAGGAGCUCUGUGCAGGACGCUCCUGUCAUCAAACAGGUCCCAGCAGAGAGGCGAGCCGCCAAGGUGAUUCUUGCUCUGGUCAUGCUCUUCAUUGCGUGUUGGGGAGCCAGCAUCAUCUCUGUCAACUACUUCAACUACAACCGAGGCUCCUCGACMAAUUUCCUCUUGGUCAUCMCUCGUUUUGCCAACACCARCUUCAUCGCCUMGUCACCAGUGGUUCUYGRGGUGGGACACAGGGGUCUGCGUUCCUGCAUCAAAUCCACACUCACAUACUGA